AUGAAAGGGAUAGAUGAGAGUGUUAAUAACGAUGGUAGUAAAGAAUCCGGGAGAUUAACGGCAAAUGGCCUCCUUCCAACGCUUAACGAAUCGCAAAACGAUCAAUUCGAAAAAAUGGUUCUCCCGUGUUUUUUGCGAACCGUUAAGGGAGGCAUGAAAUUGUGCGACCUUAACGGAUUCAGGUUCAUACGAAACAGAGUUGAUAGAACGAAAAUAUAUUGGACUUGCGAGCGUAAAAAAAACGAAUGUCGAGCCCGGGCCAUAUCGAACGUUGAUCACACGGGAGUUUCAUUCAACGAAGUCGAUCACAAUCAUUCGCCUCCCGAAUGGGGAUCCCAUCAUCGGUCAAAGAAAAACGUUAAAGUUCGAUUGGGGGUGUCAUCGCAACCCCACCAAAUCAAAUACCACGUUCAAGGAAUCAUAUGGGAAGGAAAAACGGGAGGGGGUGAGGAAAUUAGGUCAUUUAAUUAA